GCAAAAGAACCAAAAGAGUCUGGUUUCUGUUUUGUCUAACUUUUUCUCUCUGGCGAAAAGCUAAAGAGGCUUUGGUUACGGUCUCGGUCUCCUAUCAAAUCACGAACUUCUUGUCUGUAAUUUUGCUGUGAUUUAUACACCGGGUGAGAUAUUUUCUCUACCGAGACUUGUCGCCGGAAACUAAAGCGCAGAGACAGAGAUAUCGGAAAAUUUGGUCUCCGCCUGCUGAGCUUUGCGGAAUCAGUAGGAUUUCGAUUUAGAGUUUGGGCGAUUCUCAAUUAUGGGUUCCGAGCAAAACGACGGCACAAGCUUCUGUCCCUCAGAGCCAAAGCUCUGCGUCAAUGGCUGUGGCUUCUUCGGAAGUCCAUCGAACAUGAACCUCUGUUCCAAAUGCUACAGAGACAUCCGAGCCAAGGAGGAGCAAGCCGCUUCUGCUAAAGCCGCCGUCGAGAAAUCGCUAAACCCUAACAAACCCAAAAUCCAACCACAACAGAGCAAGGAUGUCACUUCCGGCGUUGUCGAAUCCGGGUCCUCAUCAUCAUCAACGAGCGGCGACGGAGCAGCUCCCGUGGAUCCGCCGAAAUCGACGGCCACGAGAUGCUUGAGCUGCAACAAGAAAGUGGGCGUGACGGGUUUCAAGUGCAAGUGUGGGAGCACUUUCUGUGGAGCUCAUAGAUAUCCAGAGACUCAUGACUGCGAAUUCGAUUUCAAAGGAGUGGCCAGAGAAGCUAUUGCUAAGUCCAAUCCUGUGGUGAAGGCUGAUAAGGUUGACAGGAUAUGAAUUGGUGAUAAGACAAAAAUGUCUGCUUGUGUUCUCUUUGUUUUCAAAGGAUCGUGAUGUUGGUUGCUUUGGCUCUUUUUUUUUUUAUGCUCUUGUUAUCGUUUGAUUUGCUCUCUAGGGUUUCUUAGGAAGUUAGGGUUUGCUAUUAUAUGUGAUUUCAUGAUUUGGAACGCUGGAUUUGUUGUUCUGUAAUAAAAUUUGUUCGUUAUAUCAGAAGAUUUGUGUUCUUUAUUG